AUGAACCUAAUACAGUAUGUUUUUGCAUUCCUCUUCAGUGAAAUGACAACCGUUCCAACUGGAAACAGCUCCAUUGGCGAUCCUCUUGGAAGAGGAAACGUCCAAAUCGGCUUAGAAGUCUUCAUUUCUACCUCAAUCUGCCUACUCAGCUUUUUGGGAAACUUGCUUGUUGUGUACGCCAUUCACACUGAUUCUAGACUCCACACCAUAACAAACAUGCUAAUUGAAAGCCUGGCGUAUAGUGACAUUUUGAUGGCAGUCUUCCACAUGCCAUUUUGGAUCAUUAGUCUUCGUUAUGGGAAAUGGGUUCUUGGUCACGUGAUUUGCGAGAUGGUAGGUGUUACGCAGCUCAUAUUUGGCAUCGUGUCAUUGUUAACCAUGACGGUCAUUGCCAUCAAUCGCUACUUUAAGGUUGUUAAGCGUCAAUUAUACACACGGUUCUUCUCCAACAAGAAAACUACAUAUAUCGUCAUUGCGUUAUGUUGGUUCCUUUCGGUUCUCGUGAAUACGCCGCAGUUAUACGGCUGGGGAAAUAUUACAUACCACGUAUUUUUCACAGAUUGCACCUGCGAAUGGAAAAGCAAAGAUAUUUCCUACAUCCUUUUCUUGUGCAUCACAACGAUCUUCAUCCCCGCAACCAUUAUAUUCAGCUGCUACUUCAUGAUCUACAGGACAGUAAGAGCUAGCUCCCGCAGGGUCCAGGGUCAUUCAACGUUAGCCAAUUAUGGAAAAGCACUUGAAGACAAAUCAGAAGUCGCAGUCUUGAAGACUUCAUUAACGGUGGUCUGUGUUUAUAUGUUGUGCUGGACUCCUAUCUCUGUCAUUGGUUUUAUGGAAGCGUUUGGGAAAGAAAGCCCUCGAUUGGCUUACCUUAUCUCAUAUGUUCUGGUAUAUUGCAGCAACAUGACCAAUCCUUUCAUAUAUGGCUUAAUGAACCCGCAGUUUAAACGGGCUUUUGCAAUCAUUUUGCGACUUCGAGAAUCAAGUGAGGUGGUGAUGUCAUUGUCUAGGAGUCAGGUGUUAAACUCACAGGUAGACUUCACAGGAACAUACCGUUAA